AUGUCCCCGGGCAGCCUCGUCCUCCUCCUGAGCAUCCUGGGGGCCCUGGGGCUGGGCGACCCCGGCCCCCUGGAAGACGUGGUGAUAGACAGAUACUAUAUCCCCAAAAUCUGCCUGCGGGAAGUCCAGAUGGGGGAUUUCAUUCGCUACCACUACAAUGGGACCUUUAAAGAUGGCAAAAAGUUUGACUCCAGCUACGACCGAGGGGCCACGGUGGCCGGGGGGGGGGGCGUCGGGCGGCUGAUCACCGGCAUGGACCGGGGCCUGCAGGGCAUGUGCGUGAACGAACGUCGUCACCUCAUUGUGCCCCCCCACCUGGGCUACGGCAGCAUCGGCGUGGCGGGGCUGAUCCCCCCAGAUGCCACCUUGUACUUCGACGUCGUCAUGCUGGACAUCUGGAACAAGGAUGACAAGCUGCAGAUCACCACCCUCUCCAAACCCGAGCGCUGCAACCGCACAGUGGAGAACUCGGACUUUGUGCGGUACCACUACAAUGGCACGCUGCUGGAUGGGACCCCCUUUGACUCCAGCUACAGCAAGGACAGCACCUACGACACCUACGUGGGCACUGGCUGGCUGAUCAAGGGCAUGGACCAGGGGCUGCUGGGCAUGUGUGCCGGGGAGAAGAGGAGCAUCAUCAUCCCCCCAUUCCUUGCCUAUGGAGAGAAGGGCUACGGAACUGUGAUCCCACCACAGGCCUCGCUGGUGUUCAGUGUGCUGCUGGUGGACUUCCACAACCCCAAGGACGGCGUCUUCCUGGAGCACCUUGAGGUGCCAGAGUCCUGCAAGCGCAGGGCUGUGACCGGGGACUUUGUCCGCUACCACUACAACGGCACGCUCAUGGACGGGACGCUCUUUGACUCCAGCUACUCCCGCAACCAAACCUACAACACCUACAUCGGGAAGGGCUACAUCAUCCCCGGCAUGGACCAGGGCCUGCAAGGGGUCUGCAUGGGAGAGAGGCGGCGGGUGGUCGUCCCCCCGCACCUGGCCUACGGGGAGAACGGAGCAGGGGACAAAAUUCCUGGCUCAGCUGUGCUCAUCUUCGACGUCCACAUCAUCGACUUCCACAACCCUGAGGACCCAGUGGAGAUCGAGACCGUGUACCGGCCCGAGGACUGCAACGUCACCACCCGCGACAGAGACUUCAUCCACUACCACUACAACUGCUCUUUGCUGGACGGCACCAAGCUCUUCUCCUCCCAUGACUACGAGAAGCCCCAGGAGGUGACUCUGGGGGCCAACAAGGUGAUCGAGGGCCUGAACAGUGGCCUCCUCAACAUGUGCGUGGGCGAGAGGCGGGUGCUCAUCAUCCCCCCCCACCUGGGCCACGGGGAGAGCGGAGGUAGGGGAGCGGCGUGCGGCUGCCUGUGCAAUGCAAACCGGGGGGGGUCUGCCUUGCUGAAUCCCUGCUGGGCCCCUUCGGCCGUGCUCCGCUUCGAGGUGGAGCUGAUCUCCAUGGAGGAGGGGGUUCCUGAGGGCUACCUCUUCAUCUGGCACGGGGAGCCGCCGCCGAGCCUCUACGAGCAAAUGGACCUGAACAAGGAUGGGGAGAUCCCUGCCGACGAGUUCUCCACCUUCAUCAAGGCCCAGGUGGCGGAAGGGAAAGGCCGCCUCAUGCCCAGCUCCGACCCGGAGAAAGUCAUCGCCGACAUGUUCAGGAACCAGGACCGCAACCAGGACGGGAAGAUCACCUCCGAGGAGCUGAAGCUGAAGUCGGAUGAGGACCAGGAGAAGAUCCAUGAGGAGCUCUGA